GAGUGCUCAGACGGCUGACCCUGGGUUCGAAUGCGCAGCUAGGCUGCAAGCUGAUGAGUCUUUAUUCCCUCUUUCCCCCAGACAGGGCGUGACUCAGUCGCUAGGACCCCCUGGCUCUUGCAUCAAAGGCCCUUGCGUUCACUUUGUUUCUGGGGUGUUGCGCAGGCCAGUCAGAAACUCCGAGCUCCCGAGAGAGCCAGGUGCCCCAGUUAAGGCCUCUUUCCCCGUUUUCGCCCUCGCUAGGGACUCUACCGGAAGCCCAGGGCUCGACGCAGUCACGGGCUGGGUACAUGAUGUUGGGGAGCAGCUGCUGCUCGAUUUCGGACUCACCCCAAUCCCAGGAACGGAUUCUGCUCCCUGGUGGUGGUGGGUAUCCCUUGCUAGUGGCCUCUCAUCGGAAACUGACCAUUCAGGGUGAUUAUGAGUCACAAAGCAGGGAGGCUAGGGUGGCCCCGGGGCGGGGUCCAGGACCCCCACCCCAAGGCGGAGUGACGCCUGAGGUCACUUCACAAGGCAAAAAUUGUUACGGGGCAAUAAAAGGCAUAACAGCGGUCAAGGAGCGGCAGAGGGCACAUGGGGGUGCGGGGGUGCAGGUGCCAAGCGCCAUGGGUUAGACCCGAGAUUGGAGUCCGGCCGCCCCCCGACAGCAGCCGCCUCCUGCUCCGCGUGCGCCCCAGGCGCCACCAUGUCGGGUGACAAACUCCUGAGCGAACUCGGUUAUAAGCUGGGCCGCACAAUUGGAGAGGGCAGCUAUUCCAAGGUGAAGGUGGCCACGUCCAAGAAGUACAAGGGUACCGUGGCCAUCAAGGUUGUGGACCGGCGGCGGGCGCCCCCGGACUUCGUCAACAAGUUCCUGCCUCGAGAGCUGUCCAUCCUGCGGGGCGUGCGGCACCCUCACAUCGUGCACGUCUUCGAGUUCAUUGAGGUAUGCAACGGCAAGCUGUACAUUGUGAUGGAAGCUGCCGCCACCGACCUACUGCAGGCCGUACAGCGCAACGGGCGCAUCCCCGGAGUGCAGGCGCGUGACCUCUUCGCGCAGAUCGCCGGCGCCGUGCGCUACCUGCACGAUCACCACCUGGUGCACCGCGACCUCAAGUGCGAAAACGUGCUGCUGAGCCCGGACGAGCGCCGCGUCAAGCUCACCGACUUCGGCUUCGGCCGCCAAGCUCACGGAUACCCAGACCUGAGCACCACCUACUGCGGCUCCGCCGCCUACGCGUCACCCGAGGUGCUCCUGGGUAUCCCCUACGACCCCAAAAAGUACGAUGUGUGGAGCAUGGGCGUCGUGCUCUACGUCAUGGUCACCGGGUGCAUGCCCUUCGACGACUCGGACAUCGCCGGUCUGCCCCGGCGCCAGAAGCGCGGCGUGCUCUACCCCGAAGGCCUGGAGCUCUCCGAGCGCUGCAAGGCGAUGAUCGCCGAGCUGCUGCAGUUCAGCCCGUCCGCCAGGCCCUCGGCAGGCCAGGUAGCGCGUAACUGCUGGCUGCGCGCCGGGGACUCGGGCUAGAAGCCCAGGUUCCCGCAAUUCCUGCAGCCGAGGACACUUAGCCAGCGCAGCGGACGCACGAGAGGCGCGUUUCGCGGGAACCCACGAAGCUGCCGCGCGUUACUGCGCAUGCGCCUUCUCGCUUCCCCUUCCCUCCCCUCCCUCCUCUCCCUCCCCUCCCUCCCACGGCGCAGGCCGCAGUAGCGCCUGUUCAGACUCCAAGUCUUACAUGAACCGGAGAGCUGGAGGCGCAUGCGCAUCCGUGCGUCCCAGCGACCGGGCCCCGUGAGGGACGAGACCAGAGGGGACAGAAGCGUUGCGUCUGCGCGGAACGAGCUCGGGCUCUGAGCGGAGGGCGUCCCUUCCCCAACCAGCUGAGGGUGCCAGGUUCCCGAUUGGAACCUGCAAUAAACUCGCUGUUCCUUG